GCGUCUGUAUGUCUAGCAGCACCAGACAUACGUCUACUUAAAAGCAAUCACGAGAUUAUGGUACUGUGCGGUACAUUGAAUUUUGGCAAGUCAAGUGUUGGGAAGGAUAUGGAAAACCAAGGAAGUGAGAAGACUGAAAGUGAAGAGAAACAGCUGACUCAUGGAGCGGCUGCUGUUCCGCUUCAUCUGCCGCAUUGUGCAAAUGAUGAGAUCAAGAUUGAUGUUGUGCCCUUGCCACACUGUGGAGUGAGAGUUAUCGUUCAAGACAAGCGGAACCGGCCGCAGUCGAACCAGCCUAGAGACGGCGAUAUCGUUUCGUUGUGGUCAGUGAUGUCCAAUGCAGGAGAUGGGUUCCUACAAGUGACCAACGUGAAAGUGGACCCUUUUCUUGACAAAGACGAAUACGUGGUCAACACAGCUGGAGAGCUUGACACGGACGCAACAAAAUUCAUGUGGCAGACAAGGUUUUCACCUGGCAAUGCUCACCCUUGGAUCAAUAUUACCGACCUUGACCCAGUUAUCCUGAAAAUCCGUGGAACCCAGUUUAAACAAGAUGGCGACAAUUCUUGGUACAUUAUUACUGUAGACGGAGAUGACGUCGUUGCGAAACCAGAGAAUGUUUUCCCUGGAGAGGAUGCAACACAGACCAAUCAGUUCCAAAUAUUCAACCCGUCCAGGUGGCCGGUAUAUAGCAUGCCAGAGGUUGGGCGGAAUAUCAGAUUCAACAUUAAUAAUGCUGGAAGUAACAUGUUCCUUGGCUCAAGUGCAAAAGGCAAAGCUCGGAAAGUCUCGCAGGAAGGAGAUCCAGAGGGCGCUAACUACUACUGGCCGAACCCCGCCAUUUUGUUUUUUGUCUACGAUAGAGGGCAGCCUAUAUAGGACAAACGUAAUUUGUCGCUAGAACAAUCAAACAAAUCCUUAGUAGCUGUACUGGUGUGUCCAUUAUGAGUGCCAGACUAAAUAUAGAAACACACUUAGAAUAAUUCAUAAACUGUAGAUUAAAGAAUACGGUUUGUCAAUCACUGAAAACACUGACGAGGAAAGCUCUUUUACCAAUAAAACUUCU